AGUUCCGUUGAAUCGCUUGAACGAACUUUCAGCUAAGGCGUUGAAGCUCCGAGAAAUCUGCUUAAUUAAAAUGGUGCAGGUGUGGUAUAUGGACAGUGAUGAUAGCGAUCAGCGACUAGAGCACAAGCGCGAGCCAGUCACUUAUGUAGAUUUAGAGACACUCUACAAGAAAACAGGCGUGGAGUACUUUAAGAUCAAUGCGGACGACUAUGAGAACGACGAAGUGUUAAAAGAGCUGCGCAGGAAGCGUGGCUAUACUUACGAGGAUCAGAUCACCUGCUCUGAACAAUGCCUGCCUGAUUACCUAAACAAGCUGAAGGCUUUCUACACGGAACACUUGCACACGGAUGAGGAGAUUCGCUUGGUUAUCGAUGGUUCCGGCUACUUUGAUGUGCGCGAUGGCGAAGACAACUGGUUGCGGAUAGAGGUAAUCAAGGGCGAUUUGAUUAUAAUACCUGCUGGCAUUUAUCAUCGUUUUACACUGGACAGCAAGAACUAUAUAAAAGCGCAAAGAUACUUUGUUGGCGAGCCAGUUUGGGCUCCACACAAUCGGCCCGCUGAUAAUAUGGAUUGCCGUAAAGCAUAUUUAGAGCAUUUGGCACAAUUGAGCAAAGCUUAAUAUUUACCAUAUAAAUAUGAAGAUCUUUUUUAUAGCUUGACAA